UACUAUCAGUGGAUAAAAUAUGUAUGUGUUAGCUUGUUGGGGGAUGCCCAUGGGUUGGAGAUCGGAGGAGUCUGGUGAGAGAAAGGCAGGUUGAGGUUGCCAGCGUUAGAGUAUUGCAGAGUGUCGUAUGCCAAAGCAGUGGAGAGGAAGAUGGGUACAUCAGGGUGAGGGAUCCUGAGUGGAUUUCCUCUGAGUAGAGCACAGGGGGAUGGGAAGAAUAUGUGCUUCAGUAAGGUGGGGCGGUUUUAGCAGUUAUAGCCACGGUUGUCCAUUGUUCUGCAAAAACGGAUCGUAAAGUCACAGAAAAUAGAAGUUGUGGUGGAAGCGGCUGUGAUGUACUUUGGAUUGUGAGGAUUUACUGCAGAACAGUUGCAGUGGGUGUUGAGUGGUAGUGUUCUGUCCUCAGACCACUGGUCUGGACUAGGAUUAGACAGGGUUAAAUAGUGGAAUGGGGUGGUAGUGUUCUGGACUAGGAUUAGACAGGGUUAAAUAGUGGAAUGGGGUGGUAGUGUUCUGGUCUGGAGUAGGUUUAGACAGGGUUAAAUAGUGGAAUGGGGUGGUAGUGGUCUGGACUAGGAUUAGACAGGGUUAAAUAGUGGAAUGGGGUGGUAGUGUUCUGGACUAGGAUUAGACAGGGUUAAAUAGUGGAAUGGGGUGGUAGUGGUCUGGACUAGGAUUAGACAGGGUUAAAUAGUGGAAUGGGGUGGUAGUGUUCUGGACUAGGAUUAGACAGGGUUAAAUAGUGGAAUGGGGUGGUAGUGUUCUGGACUAGGAUUAGACAGGGUUAAAUGGUGGAAUGGGGUGGUAGUGUUCUGUCCUCAGACCACUGGUCUGGACUAGGAUUAGACAGGGUUAAAUAGUGGAAUGGGGUGGUAGUGUUCUGGACUAGGUUUAGACAGGGUUAAAUAGUGGAAUGGGGUGGUAGUUUUUUAAAGAGGGUUAAUAGUUGCCAUGGUAAUUGUCCUUGUUCCCGUAUUACCGGAAGUAAAUGCAGGUCUGUUGUGACGGGCCUCCCACUCCAGUACAGUAGGCGGCGGUGUAAUGCAGACAAAUCCGCCAAAACAAAUCAUAAAGAAGAAGAAGCGACUCAUCAGUAGCAGCUUGCUAAACCAAACAAAAAAAGAGUUAAAAGUGUCCAGACACGUCCCAUGGAUGUUAGGCAAUGUGUUUUAAAUACACUUAUGUUUACACCUUAGUACCGUUAAUCGGGUUUUUUAAUUUCACAUCCAGUUAGGGACGAGGUUGUUUGUCUGCUGCUAAUGUUAUAGAUAGAUGGCUACGGCCGUUUCGAACGCACCAGUAGCUGAAGCUAACGUAGUUAACUUUUCACCAACACGUUUUCCAGAAAUAAACAAACGGCUUGUAACAAUUUAUAUAUUAAGUUAAAGGAUUCAUUUUUUACUUCGGCGAGUAAAGAACCGUCGGUGUCCCCAUCUCUCGUCAAACCCGCUGGCUACUAUAAGUAUAUUUUUGUUGGUAUAUUGACCUAAGCUAGUUGACUAACAUUCCCGACAAUGAGCUCACUAAGUUACUCCCCCCUUGUUAAAGAAGAGGAGGUCUGCUGGACGGAGAAAGAGGGUAUGUUGGUGAACAAUGUCGUGGAAGAGGACGUUAUUACAGCGAAGGAGGAGGAUGAAGAAGAGGAUGCCGUUUUUGGAGAGGAGAAUGAGGCUGCCACAGUGAAAGAAGAAGAGGAGGAUGUUACAGUGAAAGAGGAGGAAGAACCUUUUGGAGAGGAAGAGCAGGAUAUCUCAAAAGAGGAAGAUGAAGUCGUUUUGGGAGUGAAAGAGGAGGUGACUGAUGAUCUGAUUAACACCAGAGAGAGACCAGACUCUCACUCUGACAGCGGGAAGAGUCCUUCAGAGGAUCCAGAUCCAGAGACGUCCAAACCAGCAAGACAACACCACUACUGCCAUUGUGGAAAGAGUUUUUGGUGGUUAGGGCACUUUAGAGACCAUAAGAGAAUGCACAUAGGGGAGAAGCCUUACCAAUGCUCCCAGUGUGAAAAAAGUUUUAGCCACUUAUGGAGCCUGAAAUUGCAUAAUAGAAUACACACAGGAGAUAAGCCUUUCCACUGCUCCCUGUGUGGAAACAGUUUUACCCACUUAAGGGCCCUGAAAAGACAUGAAAAGACACACACAGAAGAUAAGGCUCAUCACUGCUCCCAGUGCGGAAAGAGUUUUACCCUGUUAGGGAGCCUAAAAAGACACGCGAGAAUACACUCUGGAGAAAAGCCUCACCACUGCUCUCAGUGUGGAAAGAGUUUCAGCUGGUUAACAAGCCUGAAAAUACACGAGAGAACACAUACAGGGGAGAAGCCUUUCCACUGCUCUCAGUGUGGGAAAAAAUUUUCCCAGUUAGGGGAUCUAAAAGAACAUAAGAGAACGCACACCGGAGAAAAGCCUUACCACUGUUCCCAGUGUGGGAAGAGAUUCACCCGGUCAGGAAACCUGAAAAAUCAUGAGCUAACACACUCUGUAUAUAAGCCUUAUCACUGCUCCCAGUGUGAAAAAACAUUUUUUUCAUCAAAUGCCCUGAAACAACAUGAGUUAACACAUGCUGAAGAGAAACCUUUCCACUGUUCGCAGUGUGGAAAGAGAUUUUUCUUAUCAGGGCGCCUGAAAAGACAUGAGCUAAUACACUCUGCGGAGAAGCCUUUCCACUGUUCUUAUUGCGAAAAGAGUUUUAAGAGUUUAUGGAACAUGAAAGUGCAUCAAAAAACACACACAAAGGAGAAGCCGUCCACUGCUCCCACUGUGGGAUGAAAUGUACACGGUUUCAACAAUUUGAAAGAGCAUGAAAGAAUCAACAGCGGAGAGAAGUUAUUAGUGGUCCCAGAGUGGGAAGGGAUAUAGAACAACACAUGGGAUUAGAGCCACUUGUGAAAGAAAGUUUGGUUUAUUUAUUGUGUAUAAAAAUGUUGUGAAAGAUAUAUUGUUCACGUGGAAUAUCCCUUUACUAUGUUCCUAGAAUCGUAUUUAAAGGGUUACAUCUCAGAUGCCGUGAGGGAACAUUUAUUUGAACAGUUUUUUUUGGGGGGGGGGUAUCUGUACUUUACUUUUUAAAAACUUAUUUGACUACAUUCCUAAAGAAAAUAAUGUACUUUUUUUACUCCGUACAUUUUCCCUGACACCCAAGAGUACUCAUUACAUUUUGAAUGCUUAACAGGACAGGAAAAUGGUCCAAUUCACACACUUAUCAAGAGGACAUCCCUACUGCGUCUGAUCUGGCGGACUCACUAAACACAAACGCUUCAUUCGUAACUGAGUCAGGGGCUCCAACCCUCAGACAUAUCUGUGAAUUAAAAAAAAAAUAAAAAAUUGUGCUGUCUUGUUUGCCUAGUAUAAGGAAUUUUAAAUUAUUUAUACUUUUAACUUUUAAAAUCAAAUACUUUUAGACUUUUACUCUUUUACUGGGUGACUUUCACUUUUAGUUGAGUAAUUUUCUGUUAAGGCAUCUUUACUUUUACUCAAGUAUGAUAUAUGUAUGAUUUAUCAAGUAUGAUUGGGUCCCACCACUGUUCAUCAACAAACUGUGUGACCUGAACUUUAUUUUUGUGAGUAGCCUACAAAAAAUAAAUAGGUACACAUGACCACUGGGGUACACAUGACCACUGGGGCACACAUGUCCACUAGGGCACACAUGACCACUAGGGCACACAUGACCACUAGGGCACACAUGACCACUAGGGCACACAUGACCACUAGGGUACACAUGGACUUAAAGUUCAUGCAGUUCAAGAACACACACACAGUGCUCCCAUUGUCUGAUAUUUUUGACUGAGAACGUGUUUUUGUUUUUGACGUUCCUGACUAGAUAGACUGCAUGCACAGAGACUGUCCUGACUCUAUAGACUGCAUGCACAAAGACUGUCCUGACUCGAUAGACUGCAUGCACAGAGACUGUCCUGACUCUAUAGACUGCAUGCACAGAGACUGUCCUGACUCAAUAGACUGCAUGCACAGAGACUGUCCUGACUCUAUAGACUGCAUGCACAGAGACUGUCCUGACUCAAUAGACUGCAUGCACAGAGACUGUCCUGACUCUAUAGACUGCAUGCACAGAGACUGUCCUGACUCAAUAGACUGCAUGCACAGAGACUGUCCUGACUCGUUUUUCAUGCACCUUGUUGUUGUUGUUGAAAUACGGCAUCAAAGACAUUAGCGAGAUGUACAAUUGCGCAACUAAAAUCUUCUCUGCAAAAACGUCUAAAUGAUUUACAGAUUUCUUGAUUUAACUAAUUAAUUGAUUAAUUCUGAUUAUUUUGGAAGUGCAGUUGUCCUUUUAUAUGGUUAAAUCUAAGAUUGUGUGAGGGAACGUUGAUUUGAACAGGUGUACAGUGCAUUUGCUAAAAGACUCUGAGACCAUGAGAAACAAGAUUCUCUAGUCUAAUGAAACCAAGAUUGAACUCUUUGGCCUGAAUGCUAAGCGUCACGUCUGGAGGAAACCUGGCACCAUCCCUUCGGUGAAGC